CGGAAGCGCUUGCUGGGUGCGGGCUGCAGCUCAAAGAUGGCGGCGGAGGAGCCUCUGCAGAAGCCGGAGCCGCUGGGGGGGGACACGGAUGGAGUUAACUGUCUGGCGUACGACGAAGCCAUCAUGGCUCAGCAGGAUCGCAUCCAGCAAGAGAUCGCCGUCCAGAAUCCCCUGGUGUCGGACAGACUGGAGCUGUCAGUUCUGUACAAGGAGUACGCGGAGGACGAUCACAUCUAUCAACAGAAGAUCAAGGACCUGCUCAAAAAGUACUCGUACAUCCGGAAGACGCGGCCCGACGGCAACUGCUUCUACCGGGCGUUUGGCUUCUCGCAUCUGGAGGCCCUACUGGAGGACAGCAAGGAGCUGCAACGGUUCAAGGAGAUCUCUGCCAAAAGCAAGGAGGACCUGGUGUCCCAGGGCUUCACAGAGUUCACAAUCGAGGAUUUCCACAACACGUUCAUGGACCUGAUAGAGCAAGUGGAAAAGCAGAUCACGGUCUCCGAGCUCCUGGCCUCCUUCAACGACCAGAGCACCUCCGACUAUCUGGUGGUGUACCUGAGACUGCUGACCUCCGGCUACCUACAGCGUGAGAGCAAGUUCUUUGAGCACUUCAUCGAGGGAGGCCGCAGCAUCAAGGAGUUCUGCCAGCAGGAGGUGGAACCCAUGUGCAAAGAGAGCGACCACAUCCACAUCAUCGCUCUGGCUCAGGCCCUGAAUGUGUCUAUCCUGGUGGAGUAUAUGGACCGGGGCGAGGGUGGAGGCACUAACCCCCAUGUCUUCCCAGAGGGCUCAGAGCCCAAGGUGUAUCUACUGUACAGACCGGGACACUACGACAUCCUGUAUAAAUAGGUGCCGGCCAGCUGCCUCCGCUCCCUCCCCCCAGGCGUCCCGUGGGCCCCCCCUCCCCGCACCAGCAGUCUCUGUGGUUGUAAAUGGUAAUCUCGCGUGCUGCUCUCUUUGUUUUCUGUUGUUACACUUGCCCUGCUGUGUUUUAUUAAAGGGAUGCUGGUGAAUGGA